UCUGGCCGCGACGCGCCUGACCGCUCACAACCAUUCGUACGCGGCACGCGACGUCGGAAACCAAAGCGUUCGCACACUAUCCGAGCCGGUAGUUCAAACGAUCGAACGGCGCGUCUCACAAAAAUGUGGAUCCCAGGUGACUUUGCGGUGAUUUUUUUCGCUCGAUUAUUUGUUUGAGACACACUCUCGCGCGCGCGAAAGUGAAAAGAAGAAGCGCGCCGUGAUCCUACAGUUUCAUAAGGAUUUCUCUUCCGACGAUGAACACGAGGAGUUGAAGUUUCAGAUGGAGAACCAAGGUUACGAGAAGGAUCAUUCACGCGUGAAAGACAGCGAUUCCGACCUUGCAAGAAACUCGACGCAUCCCGAGGGUCAUGUGUACGAGGACAUUUCCACCGAUACGACGACGAACAUUCCUGACUCCUCCGAGCGGAUAUCCUUUCUCGAUGAGUCUCGCAACAACAACAAUGAUCGCCGAUCAGCUGAGUCCGCCAGACAAGACUGGAUCAACGAAUCGUCAAAUGACAAAUCGUAUCAACGGAGUUCGACGGAGUUGUCAUCUCCCACGAUCAGCACGAAUCGCGAAAGCGCGAACUCCACGUCGCAAACGGAGUUCAGAACGAACGAGAAUGAGAAUUCCGAGAAUUCUUGCGGGAAGUCCUGCGAUCAUCCUGCGACGUCUCUUCCCGAAAACGUUUCGACGGAGGGUGUGUCAUCUCAGAAAAAUGAAGAUUUAUUACGUGACAAUACAUUGAUGCAAUCAGAUCGCAAACGCAGACGCAGGAAGAAGGAUUGCAAGCAUUGCAGAAACAAAUUGACCGAUGCGAGUUCCUGCGAAAAGCUCGACGAGUCGAGCAAAGACGCGAUCCUGAGGGAUAACGAGAACAAUCAUCGGGAAAAAGAUUCGUCCGGAUUUUUGUUACGGGAAUCGCUUCUGAAACCCCAGAGCAUAAAGGUUUAUCCGAUGACGGACAGGAUGAGUCUUCGUGAAAUCAGUGCCAAAAGUUCCUCGAACGCGUUUUUCGUGACCGAAACAAAUUCCGGACCGCGCUCGACGGAAAACGAUUUUCUGAUGAACGCGGAAAAUAAUCGGAACAAGUUGCUGGGGACCGACAUGAGGAUCAAUUCGAUUUACUCGCAGGAUCGCUGCCACGCCAAGGAUUUGCCCAUAUUUUACACUGACAUCAAAGAUCAGAAUCCUUUUCAGAGAGCCUAUUCCCUGCCGGUGCGAACGCACACUCCGACCUCGCAGAACCGCGUUAAUCUACGUCGUAGCGCCAGAAACGAUCCGCCACCACAUCCGGCGCGUUUGGACAAACAUCGUCGCGGGUGGACGUUACACCUGGCUCGUCCCUUGAAGGCAUCAGGAUGCUCCAGCUCGCUCAUACCUCUGCUGGUCGUCGUGUUGAUCCUGUUGGGAGUCGCUGGUGUCGCGUUAUAUAUCGUUUUUGAACCGGAAAAACUUCAAAUCAUCCAGCAGUACCUGAAGUCGUCGUCGUCGUCGUCGAGCAGAUCGACGAGGCAGAACAUUACAUCCGGCGAGCCGAUCACAAUCCCCCCGGUGAUAACCGUGAACGAGAAGCCGAAUCCGAUGAUCGAAACAACGUUGUCGACGACGACGAUGACAACCGUAAGCGCGGACGUGUUCGUCGUGAGCGCCCUUGUGCACGAGCCGUCAUUUCCGGCAAGCAGCGCUUCACCGACGACAGGUGCGGAAACGGAAGCUGCGAGUCAGAAGGUAGUUAAUGCGACGCGAUAUUGCGACGAUUGCCUCGGGGGCGAGGUGUGCGUUGCUCUCGUCGACGAGGAAGUACCGAUAUGCAGAAACACCCGCGACUCCCGAGAUCCUACCGGAUGUGGUGGUUUGUGCGUCAUCAAUAAACAGAAGUGCCAUCGCCUCGACGUGGAUGCUUUCAAAUGCGUCGAGAUCAAUCACUGCCAAGACAACGAAUGGACCUGUACCAAUUCAAUGUGCCUGCCCUUGGAGUACCGUUGCGACGGGAAGAUGAAUUGUCACGAUCGUUCGGACGAAUACAAUUGCGCCUGCAAUCUCGAAACACACUUUCGGUGCGGUAACGAGACUUCCUGCCUGCCGCUGAAUCUGAGAUGCAACGGAAAGGUCGACUGUUGGGACGCGUCCGACGAGAUUAAUUGCACGAUAGGUCGUCUCGGUCGGUCCUGCCCGUUGGAAAAUCAAUUUACUUGCGGUAAUGGAGAGUGUAUAUUAAAAGAACGCUUCUGCGACGCGCUAGCAGACUGCAACGACGGAUCGGACGAACCUCAAGGAUGCAACGGACGAUGCAGCAAACAUGAAUUUAAAUGCCAAAACGGUAGAUGUAUUUCGAAACGAGUAAAAUGCAAUAAAAUCGACGACUGCGGGGAUGGCUCGGACGAAACAUAUUGUAAAUAUCGAUUUUAAUAUUUUAUUUAUAAGAGAAGACAUUGCCGACGAUCACGAAAAUGUGAAAAAAAAAAAAAAAAUCAAAUGUCAGUAUUUUAUAUACUUGUAAUUGUAUGUAAUGUGUACAUAGCGUUGUUGUAUAAAUACGUAUAUAUAUAUACGUAUAUGUAAAACAUGACAAUACUGAACUUAGAUUACCUAAGUGUUAAAAAAAAAUUUGUUUUUUUCUUAUCUUUCUUCCUUCA